AUGAAUUUUUCAGAUCCAAUCCCACAAUCAGCCUGCCAUUUUUCAAAUUAAGGCAACCUACUGGCAAUCGCUAAAUCCCAAGAGUUAUAUAUAUUCGAAACAGAGAAGCUAUCAGUAAGAGAUAAAUUUGUAUUUAAAGAUGUGAUCACCAGCAUUGAAUGGUCUCCAGAUGAUAAUUUCAUUAUGGCUGUCCUUGCUAAAUAAAACUAGAUUCAUUUGAGAUGCCUGAACCCAGAUGUUAUUCAAAGCAAACAAGAAGGCUGGACUGGUAAGAUAGAGGAAGGAGUUAUAGGGCUUGCAGGCUAAAUUUGGGCACCUGAUUCCAGAUAAAUCCUUACUUUCUCAGAUCUUCAGCUAAGGGCUACAGUUUGGUCACUUGUAGAGCAAAGAGCCACAGCAUAUAUUAGAAGUCCUAAGCAUGUUCCCCCAAAGGGUAUAAGCUUCUCCUAGAAUAAAAAAUUUAUGGCACUAGCAGAGAGGAGAGAUGCAAAGGACUGGAUCUCAAUCUACUACACUGGAAAUGACUGGAAACUUGUAAACACCUUUGAAGUAGACACCUUUGACUUGACUGACCUAAUGUGGGCAAAAGAGGAUACCUCAAUUCUUGUUUAUGACACACCUUUAGAGUCAAAAUUAAUAAUUUACUCUGCAAUGACUGGAGAGGUCGUUGCUAAGCAUAACCUAAGUAGCGGUCCUGGGCUUGGCAUUAAAUCAGUCUAGCUGUCUCCGAAUGGUAUAUUUAUGACAGUGGCAUUUUUCGAUACUAAGCUUAGGAUAUUCAACGCUUAUUCUUAGAGGGAGAUUGUUUCAUUUGAACACACCUCCUAAAUAAGCUUUGCAUAAGCAGAAUAUAAUAGAGUUUUGAUUUAUAGAGAGACCUAAAUUACAGAGUAACUUGGCUCAUAUGCCAACAAUGAGAAACAGUAUUUUCAAUAUAAAGUGACUCAAGCACAUAGAGAUGGCCAAGAAUUGACAGUUGAGAAGUUCCCGAUGAUUAACAAAAAGGAGAUAUCUGCAUUUACAACUAGUUAAUUUGAAAAGGUUGGGACUCAGGGUCCACCCACAGGUGUAUCACUCGUUGCUUGGAGUCAUGAUUCUAAGUACCUUGCCACUAAGUGUGAUUAACUCCCGAAUGUGAUAUAUGUCUGGGAAAUGUCCUCUGUAGAGCUUCAUUCAGUGCUUGUUCAUCUUAACCCAGUCAAGCAUAUUAACUUUGGUCCAACUACUCAUUAACUCUGCAUUUCUACUGGACAGGCUAGGUUCUUCUCAUGGUCGCCUUAAUCAACUGCUUGUUAUGACUUGAAUGGAGAUAGUGGGAGUCUAAGCUCUGCUUUGGUGACAUUUUCAGUUCAAAAGGUUAAAUGGAAUCCCAAGGGCAACAAGCUAAUCCUAAUUGAUAAGAAUUAAGCAAUGAUAGCCUUCCCAGGAUAUGAAUUCGUGAAUUAUUCAUCUCAGCCUAAAUUUAUAAGUGAAUACAAUUCAGUAUUUAAUGUGAUAGGAACUGGUACUGGAUUAACUGAAAAUAAUUACAAUAGUGGGUACUUCGAUUAAUCAGCAGCUAAAUUUCUAUAAAGCAGUGGAAGUUUUGCUGGAAACAAUAAACUCUACUGA